UAAAGCAUUUUACAUCUUCAGCUCCUUACAUGUUCAGCUUUCUCAUGUACUAAGUACAAGCCACUCCCCCACCCCAACUUCUCAUCAACCACGCCCACCAUGGCUGAAGCCCUUGCAUCGCCGGCUACAGCCUCUCAUCACCGCCAUCGCGAUGGUGGCUUCCUUCACCUUCAUCUGUUAUGAUCGGUCUCUCUCUCUCGUUUUCUCUCUUUCGGUAAAGCCUCCAUGGCCGGUCGGCCUCCAUGGCAGUGGGUUCCUCUCAAGUUCUGAUCCGACUUUUAGUGUAGUGGGUUUUUUUUUUUUUUUUUUUAAUUUGGAAUUUGGGUGGUUGUUAGGGUGGAUUUGGUUGGAUUUGUGCUGAUUUGGUGGUUUAAUGCUCGGAUUUGUGGGUUGAUAGUGGCUAGUCUGUGCUUGUAUUUGGUGGUGGUUGUUGGUGGCUGAUCAGUGUUUUGUACUGUAAAAUUUUUUACGUACCUACCCUCUCUUUCUUUUCUCUCUGGCAACUCAGUUCUAUUGUCUUUCCCCUCAUUGCAUUGAGUCGCAGCAUUUGAAUUUCCACAUCCCCUAAAACUCAAUAUGGGCCGCGAGUCUAACAAGCGAAGAAGAGGCUGGAAGCCAGAAAUCCCCUGUCUUCUCUGUUAGCAACGUUCAGCUCAUCAACCCACCCAACGCCACCGCUGACAGUGACCCCUGUCCUCGCGGCCGUCCAAAGAAAAGGCCCAGUCCGGAGAAGCCUCCUCCACCGCUGAAGAGGAGGGCUCCACCGAGUGCUGUGGAGAACGGUGGAGAGCUCAUGGACGGGGUGGGAGCAGCGGUGGUGCCGGCAAUGGACGCGGUGGAGAAGCUAUUCGGCGAGCACACGGAACUGGAACUGAGAAAUUCAGCCCUUGGAGGAGGAUGGAACAACCACCAAUACGAUCAAGAACGGCAUUCAGCACUUGUUGGACUUGAAGAUACUGAAAAGGAGCUGGUAGCCCGAUUGUUGGACGACAAUGAAAAAAGCCUCCGUGUGAUUUCAUUGGUGAGCGAAGAACCACUUGGCAAGACAGCUCUGGCAAGGAAAGUUUAUAACAGACUAGACAUUCGUCAGCAUUUCGAAUGCCGUGCGUGGGUUCGUGUUCCCAAGGAUCUCGCAUAUAAGGAUGUAACAUAUCGGGGUCUGUUGCUUAUCAUACUCGAACAGAUUCCACGUCCUCAAUUUACGUAUUUGGAGUUAAAGAGCGAGGAGGAACUGUCUGCUAUGAUAUACCAGAGUCUAAUGAAAGUCAGGUUUCUUAUAGUCUUAGAUGAUGUCUGGACGGAUGGUGUGCGGUUCAUGCUUGCAUAUCCCUUCGCGAACGUCCUGAAUGGAAGUAGGAUCAUCCUCACUACCCGUGACUGUAAUGUAGCGUGGCAUGAUGAUUUAUGGAAUUCUCAUUUGAAUCUAGUGCGUUUAUCUGAUGAGGGGAGUUGGGCAUUGUUCUUGAAGAAAGUAGGUAGACCACAAAAUAGCUCAGACAUAAACAACUUCAGAGAAGACAUUUUGAGAAUAUGUCACGGUUUGUCUCCAGCAAUCAUGCUACUGGGAGGAGUGUUGUCAACCAUGGAAUCAAGUGAGUGGUCAAGAGUGAUUGAUCUGGUAGUGGCGGCACACUUUGGUAAAGGUCAAUUACCUCUAUCAAAUUUUGUAGUUUUGAGCUAUCAAAUGCUACCAUAUGUCGUAAAGCCAUGUUUCCUUUAUUUGGCUGUAUUUCCUAAAGCAUAUGAGAUCUCCAUACGGAGGUUGUUGCUGCUGUGGCUUGCACACGGAUUUGUUCAAACAUCACCUGAGGCGAGCGUCCCUGAAGAUGUGGCCAAGAAAUAUUUGGAAGAACUAGUGUGUAGAAACAUGAUUGAAAUAGUAAGAUGGAAGCCAGAUGGAACCCCAAAAACAUGUCAUAUGCCUUGUUAUCUCUAUGAUGUGUUCUUGCCAAAAGCUAAAGAUAUAGGAUUUCUUGAUCUCCACCAUGGCGAGUCAGAAUGUACAUCUGCAGACUCGCUUGAAUUUCGACCACCCUUUGUUUCUUUCAACACCAGAAAACGUGAUAGAAACAACUGGAGAAGAACGUUUAAGGAAAUAAUCAAUAGGGGAGGGUUUUUGAUGCUGAAGGUGCUCGAUUUGGAGGGUAUCUUCAAACCUGUGUUAUCUAAGAAACUUGGUAUCAUGGUUAAUUUAAGGUAUUUGAACUUGCGGUGGACUAAACUAAACUUAAUUCCCGCAUUAAUUGGGGAUCUACCACGCCUGGAGAUUUUAGAUUUGAAGUACACUAAUAUAACCAUUUUGCCAUGUUCCAUUUGGAAGGCAAAUAACCUUCGAUAUCUUUACAUGAACAAUGUAACCAUUCAGAAGCCAUCAAAUCAGCCUCCAACCAACCUUGAGGUGUUAACGGGGCUCAGAAUUGGAUCUAAAGACCCCGGGAUAUAUGGCUUGGAUAGGUGCACUAGCCUUAGAAAAUUGGUACUGAGAUGCCAUUCAGAAUCAGCGCUGAAAACAGCCGAGUGCAUUUCAAGACUUGGCAACCUUCAUACCUUAAAACUGAGAUCAAUGGAUCCAUUCGGUCAACCUUCAAACCUCGUGUUGAGUCCUUUGGAAGAUCAUCCGUCUCUCUCAAAAAUAUCUUUGCUUGGAGUGAUAAAAGAUCAUCGGAUAGGUAACCUUCCUCGCAACCUCAAUAUCCUUACAUUGUGGUACUCUGAACUCACAGAAGAUCCAAUGCGGGUGCUAGGGAAGUUGCCUCAGCUGAGAGUGCUCAAUCUUUUCGCUAGCUCCUAUCUAGGGCAGGAAAUGACUUGUCAUGCUGAUCAGAACUUUCCUGAACUCCGUGUCCUGAAAUUGUGGUACCUAGAGAAACUAGAGCUGUUGACAGUUGAGAAUGGUGCCAUGCCACAGCUUCGAGAAUUAGAAAUCAGAAGUUGUGAAAAACUUAGAAGUUCAGAGGGAUUAGAUCAGCUCCCAGCCUUGAAGGAAUUGAUUUUAACAUACAUGCCGCAGGAUUUUGUGGAAGAUGCAAGAAAAAGGUUGGGCAACAACUAUAUGCAUGUGAUCCAUGGGAAUAUUGCUCAUGAAGUUUGGGACAGACUGCAGUCUUUGGAGGGAAAAACUGUCAAGAGUUAAUGAGCCGCAAAAGUUUGCAGUUCUUCACAGUUCUUUUAUGUAAAAUAAGUCGCAACUUUAUUUUUAACUUGUGUUUGCUCAGUUAAAUAAAGCUGAGUUGUAUCUUUAUGAAGCGGUCCAUAUAUUAUGCUGAAAUGAUGUACUUUCAUGUAUAAAUAUAACUUAUGCACAUGCAGGGACAGUUCAAUGUACAAUUCACA